AUGGGUAAACGAAAGAAGUCGGCUAGACAGCCAGUAAAGAAGGUUACGUCGAAAUUAGAUAGCGCGUUCAACUGCUUGUUUUGCAAUCAUGAAAAAUCUAUCACAUGUACGUUAGAUAAGAAAAACAGCAUAGGGUCGUUAUCAUGCAAGGUCUGUGGACAACAGUUUCAAACUAGAAUUAAUGCAUUAUCACAGUCGGUGGAUGUGUACAGUGACUGGUUCGAUGCAGUUGAGGAAGUGAACGAAGGGAGGGCCAGCAGCAGCGAAGGGGAAAAUAGCGAUUCUGAUUAUGAGAGUGAUAGUGGUGAUGAUGGUGACAAAGCGACUGCAAUCAAUGGGAGUUCGUCGGCUGGGACUAAGUGGUCAGCUGGUGCUGAAGAGGGAGUACAUGACUCUGAUGAGGAGGAGUAUUCCGAUGAUGACAGAAUAGGAAACAGGCGUGGUAGAAGCGCGCUGGUAGAAAGUGAUGACGAAUAG